AUGAAUGACGCUCUGAUCCGGCCAUCUGUACAGGCGGCAUCUUUCACGCAUGCCUUCAUCGGCGGUCUUUCCAUGAUGGUGGUCUCGGAACUUGGUGAUAAGACGUUUUUUAUUGCAGCCAUCUUAGCCAUGCGUCAUUCGCGUUUCACCAUUUUCUGUGGCGCCAUCGGGGCACUUGGUUUGAUGACAUUUUUGUCUGCCUACGUGGGUGCUUUGGCUACCGUCAUUCCGCGCAUCUACACCCACUACAUUGCCACUGGCCUGUUCGUCAUUUUCGGCCUUCGCCUGCUGCGCGAUGGCUACAACAUGGCAGACGACGAAGGUGCCGAGGAGCUUGAGGAGGUACAACAAGAGCUCAAGGCUAAGGAAGAGCAGCUGGAUGGAAAAUGUUGGUCGCACAGCCUUCAUAUCCACUCGGCCGGAUUGCUAUCCCCUGUCUUGGUGCAAUCCUUCAUCAUGACGUUUUUGGCCGAGUGGGGAGAUCGCUCUCAGAUUGCCACGAUCAUCCUGGGCGCACGAGAGGAUCCUCUUGGUGUGACCUUGGGCGGUAUCUUGGGCCACUCUAUCUGCACAUUUAUUGCAGUCAUGGGCGGUCGUUUCAUGGCCCAGCGUAUUUCUGUGCGCAAAGUUACGAUUGCGGGAGGCGUUGUCUUCCUUAUCUUUGCGCUCUCGGGUCUCUUCUUUGAGGAUCCUUCUAGUGAGGGUAUGGAUGCUGCCGUGGCAGAGAUUGAGCUUAACAACUGA